UCUGCAAGCCGCAAAGACAUGCAGCUUCAAUGUAGGGGUGGCUGAUCCCUGCUCCGGGUUCAGCCGACAGAUGGGAGGGUCAGCUAGCAUGAGGCUUGAAGGACAAGAGACACUCCUAAACAUUCUUUCAUCAGUCAGAUGGAGUGUGGAAAGUGUAGAUGGUUCUCGGCAGCCGGGUGUACCAAACGCACUGCUCAGAAGCAUCCUCUGCCAUGGAGAAUGAGCAACUCAGACGCAACACAGGGAUGCUAAAAGGCUGUUCGUAACCUGAGGGUCACCGGUGUCUUGAUACCUCUUUGAAUCCCUAGAGCAUAGCUCAGUCUCAUUCACAGAGAGAGCUUGACACAAAUUAGGUAAACUAGAGGAAAUGUCCCUCUUUCAGGCCAUUCCAGCUCAUCUGGUAGGAGAUCAGAACAGCCAGUAAACCUUUGCACAGUGGACAGCAUGUCACCAACAGGCUCCUGCAGCCUGUGGAACAUCCAAUGGCACCGGUGAGAUUUGCUCCCUCUCGCUGCCUCCACCGCCAUCCUCUCUACAUCUGUCCCCACUCAUGGCCACACCAGUCCACAGAAAUGCAAGUCUCUCAGAAGUGUCCUUGCGUGUGUUUGUGCUGGUGGGAUUUGGGGGAGGUGCAGAGACCCAGGCCCUGCUCUUUGCUGUCUUCCUGGUCCUAUAUGUAGUGACCGUCCUGGGCAACCUCACCAUGAUCGUAGUCAUCACCCUGGAUGCCCGCCUGCACUCCCCCAUGUACUUCUUCCUCAAGAACCUGUCCUUUGUCGACCUCUGCUACUCCUCUGUCAUUGCCCCUAAUGCCCUGGCCAACUUCUUUUCCUCUUCCAAAGUCAUCAGCUUUGAGGGAUGUGCCACACAGCUCUUCUUUUUCUCCUUGCUGGCUACCACUGAGACUUUUCUUUUAGCCGUGAUGGCCUAUGACCGUUUCAUGGCCAUCUGCAGUCCCCUGAGGUACCCUGUGACCAUGUGCCACAUGGCAUGUGUUCGUCUGGUUCUGGGUACCUUCUGUGUGGGCUGCCUGAACUCCAUCGUGCAGACCAGCCUCACAUUCCAGCUGCCCUUCUGCAGUUCCAACCGCAUCGACCACUUCUACUGCGACGUGCCCCCACUGCUCCAGCUGGCCUGUGGCAGCACAGCUCUCAACGAGCUCCUUCUCUUUGGCCUCUGUGGGUUCAUCAUUGUGAGCACCACGUUAGCUGUCCUGGUCUCCUAUGGCUACAUCACCGUGACCAUCCUCAGGAUGCACUCAGGAUCCGGGCGGCACAAGGUUUUCUCCACCUGUGGCUCUCACCUGACGGCUGUGUCCUUGUUUUAUGGGACUCUUUUCGUCAUGUAUGCACAGCCAGGAGCUGUGACAUCCAUGGAGCAGGGUAAGGUGGUCUCCAUCUUCUACACCCUGGUCAUCCCCAUGCUCAACCCCCUCAUCUACAGUCUGCGCAACAAGGAUGUGAAGGACGCCCUGUGGCGGCUGGGUCAGAGACACAGCCUCGUGAGGGAGGGUGGGCAGUGA